CACAAACAAUGACUCAAAGCAAUAACUCUUUUUCCAAUAUUUAGAUCAUACAUCUAGAAUAGCUGCAAGAGCACUCUAUAUUUGUUUUUGGGCAUGGAGUUUGGAUUUGAACUAGGGGAUGGACUGUCGAAACUGUGUGCAUUAAUUGAUGUUCACACGUUAAUGGUGGUAGGUGGUUGUGCUUACUUAUCAAAAGCAAAGGAGAAAUGAUGGUAGUGAUAACCUUGGCUGAAUUACUGUGGGAGCAAUUGAAAAACUAUCAAAAUACACCUUCAGGGAAAUCUUCUAAAGCUGAAGAACCUUAUAAUUCCCGAUCCAUGGAUGAUCUGCUUGCUUUUCUGGAUGGCCCACAUGCCGAUGGAAAGAAAUGCUUUGUUUGUGCUGUCGUUCAUAACAUUGAUGGACCUGCUUUACGAGACUCUGAAAGUCAGCAGUAUCUUGCAAGAAUUUCUGCUUGUUCUCAUAUUCGUAUCGUUGCUUCCAUCGACCAUGUGAAUGCACCUCUUUGUAAGUAUCAUCUAGGCUUUGUGAUUUAUUUCAGAUAUGAGAAUUGGUGGUGGGCACGUUGCAAACAGUUGUCUUUCAGCUUGUUUACUUGCUGCUCUCCUGGGUUUAUUCAGAUAAACGGUGUCAUCUAA